AUGCAAGCAAUAAUCGAGAAGAGUAAACCAGUUUUACAAAAUGCAGUUGCAUUUGAUCGCGAUGGCAAAAGGCCUGAAGCGAUUCAGAAAUAUAUCGAUGGUGUUACAUUGCUGAUGGAUGGAUUAUCAUGUGAAUAUAUCUCUCUGGACGAUAAGGGAACUUUAAGGGGCAUUAUUUCGAAAUACAUGGCUCGAGCUGAAAAGCUCAAAGGUCAGAGCAAAGUAAAUGUUGUUUCAGUCGAUCGAAUUCAUAUCAAAGAAAAUUCGACUGGCCAUGGCUAUGAGGAAAUUUUUUCACGAUGUUUUGAUGAUUCUGUGACAGAAAUUAGAAAUUUUAUUCAUUUUUGCGAAAUUUGUUACGUAAAUUCACCGAAACUUUCAAAAAUACGGUUGAAAACAUUGCAACAAAACAAUAAUGCGAGGGACUUAAACCAGUUUGGUGAAUGUUUAUCAGAACAUGGUGUUCAACUUCAAAUUAUUUUCGAUGAACAUAUCCACGAUCGUGAAAUUGUGUAA